UGGUAAUGUAUGAUCUCCUCUAUACAUAUUCACAAAUAAGUGUUUAAAACCAUACAUUUGCAAGCUUUCCUCUAUAGUGCCCGUAUCACAUUCUCAGAUAUUUGUAUAGCAUUUCAAUGUAAGCACCCCUUAAAUAACUGUUUUCAUGUCAUUUCUGCUUUCACAAACAGUUCAAAGCGUCAAGAAACAGAAGAUGAACAAGGCAAAUUUUUUCCACAUUCGUCCUCAAUGUUUCCUGGAUCUUUAUCGGUAAACAUGUAAAAUGAGUAUAGUAUAUUUUGAUGCCUGGGUAAUAGUAAAGAUGUCCCACCCUAAAAGCAGACGUGCUGCCCUCUAUCAGUAGAGGCAUGCCCCGCCCCGCCUAUCAGCAUCUCCAGGCAGCGUAGAGUAGCUGGGAGUCUGGAGGAGCAGGAGCAGGCAGCACAGAGUUCAGCGUCUCCCGCGUUCGUCCGACACUUAGCUAGAGCUGCUCCCCAGGCAGUGGAGGUGAUGAUGGCGGCGGCUGUAGAGAGAGGAGGCGUCCGGGCCGCUUUCCUGAACCCGAGCAGCGGUGGCGGUGGUGGACCAGCACCGACAACCCUCCCGACCGGAGCGUUAGCCGGGGCUGUGGUCCUGGGCUCGGGCUCCGGCAGCAUGCCUGUACCCAUGAACCUCUUUGCGACCUGGGAGAUAGACCGAUCAUCCCCAAGCUGCGUUCCGAGGCUCUGCAGCCUCACACUGAAAAAGCUGGUUGUCCUCAAAGAACUGGAUAAGGAGCUGAAUUCCCUGUCUAUAGCUGUCAAAAUACAGGGUUCUAAGCGUCUUCUUAGAUCGAAUGAAUACAUCCUCCCACCCAGUGGACUGAUGGAGACGGAUCUGGAGCUCACAUUCUCACUACAGUACCCUCAUUUUCUGAAGAGGGAUGCCAACAGACUGCAGAUUAUGCUGCAGAGGAGGAAACGCUACAAGAAUCGAACCAUCCUGGGCUACAAAACUUUGGCUGUGGGAGUUAUCAAUAUGGCUGAGGUGAUGCAACACCCGACAGACGGAGGACAGAUUCUGGGUCUCCAUAGCAACGUGAAGGAGGCGCCAGUGCGUGUGGCAGAGAUCAGCGUGUACUCUCUGUCCAGCCAGCCCAUCGACCACGAGGACGGUAGCGGCCAAGCUGGCCGCAAGACCAAAACCUCAGACCGCUCCCCAGACAUGGAUAAUUAUUCUGAGGAGGACGAUGACAGCUACUCGUCAGAGCAGGAAGCCAGUGAUGACGCAGUUCAUGGCCAGGAUCUUUAUGAUGAAGAUGAUGAGGUCAGGAAGCCCAAGAAGGCACGGAGGAAAAUGAUCCGAACCACCUCAAUGACCAGGCAACCUAACUUCAAGCAGAAGUUUGUGGCCUUACUAAAGAGGUUCAAGGUGACAGAUGAGGUCCUGGACUCUGACCCAGUAGACCAGACCCAAGAGGUGGAGGAGGAUCUGGACUUACUCUACGACAGUCUGGAGGUAUACAACCAGAGUGACAGUGGGCCAGAGAUGGAGGACAAUGAGAGCGUCCUGAGCACACCCAAGCCAAAACUCAAGCCGUUCUUUGAAGGGAUGUCCCACUCCAGCUCCCAGACGGAAAUUGGAAGCAUACACAGCCAAAAAAGCCAGCAGAGAGAGCUGUCAUGUCCUAGUGGAGACUUUCUGACCGUGGACAGAUGUAAAGUGCAAGGGGCCCGAUAUCAAGAUGACAGCAUCACAGAUACAACUGUUGGGGAGCCAGAGACUGAUGACAAUGGGCCAGGGCCGGGGGAGGUGAGCAACUGGGAUGUCAACACUGAACGGAUGACAAGCACUGUUGGCAAGCUCUGCAAGACAGAGUCCCAAAACCACAUGUCUCCCAGUAAAGUGGAGAACAAGCUGCAGAGGCGUCCUCGCAGCACCUCCAUGAAAGACAGACAGAACUCCAAGGCCCAAAGCGACAGGACCAGCAGCAUGGAGAGCGAGUGCUCCCCAGACUCACGACUCAUAGCACAGGUUCCCAGGAAGUCUGUGUAUGACCAACUGAACCAGAUCCUCAUCUCUGACGAACGCCUACCAGAGAGCAUCAUCCUCAUCAACACCAUGGAAUGGCAAGGACAGUAUGUAGCCGAGUUGCUCCAUGAACAGGCCCAGCCCAUUGUGUCCACCUGCUCUGCUGCCGAUGUUCAGGCUGCCUUCAACACCAUCGUUACUCGCAUCCAGAGAUUCUGUAACUGCAAUGCACAGACACCGCCGACGAUGAAGGUGGCAGUGGCAGGUGACCAGAGUUACCUCAGCACCAUCCUGAGGUUCUUUGUGGAGCAGCUGGCCAACAAGACACCUGACUGGCUCAGUUACAUACGCUUCCUGGUGAUUCCCAUAGGUUCUCAUCCCCUGGCAAAGUAUGUGGCCUCCUUUGACAGCAAGUUCAACAACAUCUUUAUGGACACUGCAUGGAGGGAGCUGUUCUGCAGGACAGAACGGCCCGCCUCAGAUAACAUAGAUGUAGCAGGACGAGUCGUUCAGUAUCUGGCCGGUGCCAACGUGUCCCACCAGUUCCCCAUCUCAGAAGCCAUGCUCACCUACAAACAGAAGAGGAAAAGGAGUUUGUAUUUUGAUUUUUACAUCAGCCCUGAUGAGGACUCCUGUCAGAAAUUUGUGCCAUUUAUUGGGGUUGUGAAAGUUGGAAUUGUGGAGCAAAGCCUCUCGACCUCAGUGGACUCAGAUGAUGCGAUGGGGGGCAACACAAGCAUCCUGUCCUCCCCAACGCCCCCAUCGGCUGGUCCGUAUGGGAAGGAGAUUGGGGGCACUCCACCACAGUCUCCCUCUGUGUCCACCGCCCUGUCUGGAGCUGGGUACGACAAGAUUCACAUCACUUAUCAACAAAUACAAACACAUCCUGACACACAAAAAAAACCAACUUGCUCUGUAGUGUUUCUGAUUUUGCUUUUUCCUUUUGUCAGUUCUCCAUGUUCGGGCAACGAGGUGAUGGGGCUCCAGGUGGACUACUGGACGUGGCAAGGCCCAGAGAAGAAGAAAGAGGGGGAGAAGAGAGACGUGGGACUGAAGAACACCCUGAAGAGUAAUUUCCGUUCGCUGCAAGUUAGCCGUCUCCCCUGUGGAGGGGAACUCACCCCUCCGCCCAGCAUGGCCAUGACUGUUGUUACCAAGGAGAAGAAUAAGAAAGUGAUUUUUCUCAGCAAGAAGCCCAAGGAGAAAGAGCUGGACUCUAAGAGCCAAGUGAUUGAUGGUAUCAGCAGGUUGAUCUGCACAGCGAAGCACCAGCACACGAUGCUGAGAGUCACUAUUGAUGGAGUGGAGUGGAAUGAUGUGAAGUUUUUCCAGCUUGCUGCCCAGUGGCCAACACAUGUCAAGCACUUCCCGGUGGGAAUCUUUGGUUACACUAAGCCUGUGUGACACCGGCCACCAUCAACUCAACCACCACCAGACUCUCCGAUGCACUUGUCUCACCGAGAGGCUACAGAGAAUUAGAGGAAAAGCCAACAGGCCCCCGGCAGUAAUAGUUUUCCUGUGGAAAUCUUACUGACUCGCAACCGUGUUCAAUACACAAAUUUCAUGUUGUCAAUUUGAUGUUUUUGAUGUUGAUGUUAUUGGGUGUUGUUGUUGUUUUUUUUACACACUACAGAAAGAACAAGUACUAUUUUGUAAGAUUUGUGCUACCGCCUCUGAGGUAUUUUGAGGUUUUUGACAAUUUGCCACAUUUCGAUAAUGGCAGCUGUGUUUGCACUUUGUUUUUGUUAACAUUUUAUUAUUUCUGUGAAAUCCUACAUUUAUUGUUACUCUAUAGACAAUGGAGGAGUGUGGUGGUGAUGUGCAGUGGCGUGUGUGAGAUUGAGAUCGUGUUUGUGUUUGUUGUUGAAAGUUGGAAUAUUGCUGUGAAUUUAGAUGGAAUCCUUCUCUUCUAACUCAGUGCUCAGUUUUCUUACUCGUCCCUUUACUUUCUCAAAAAGGUAAAUUUUUAUAGAAAAGAACAUAAAGUUCUUUUUGCCUCGUUGCUUUUAAGCACAGUGUGUACCGAAAGCAAAUUGAAAAAAACAACUCAAGCAAGGUAUUUUUGAAGGUAGCUAUAAUGAAUGUAGCUAUGACACAUUUGUAACAUGUGAGCAGUUCAUCAAAUUAGUUAAUUAAUGUAAGUGCUGAAGAUUUUGUAUCAAUGCUGGUGUACAUUUGGACUGUACAGUAACAUCCACUUAGAAGCAGGGUAACGUGACACACAAAACAACAUAUUUCAACUCCCAGUAGCUGAAUGCCAAAUUUAGUUGUGACUGUGUGAACUGUCUUUAUUGUUUCAAGGUCCUGAAUAGUUUUUCAGUUUCCCAGCUACAGUUCCACCUUUGUUGUAAUGGGGCCUUCUUGGAGUAACGUCAGGUUAUAACAGCAUUUAUUUGGUGAACAUGGCCGCCUCGUAUUCAGAUAGAUGUGACGUCAUACAGACCUGCAGUAACUUGGCGAAUACUGGAUUGCUCCAGACGUGCAGUGAUGUGCCAAAGUCAAGUUUGUUUUACAGUCUAACCACCAGAGCUAUAGGCUUGGCCAGACUUCAUACUAUGUUAUACUUAAAACUAAUAUACAUUUAAUGUAUUUGUGGUCCCUGUGGAGAUCAGUAUUAAGAUUACUGAGUUAAUUUUGAUAAAAAAAGAAGGAACUUACAGAUUAGUGCUCCACAUUUGGCCAAAUGUAAACACAUUUAGCAUUUACAAGACAUGUGCACAUCCUAACAAAGCAGUUACCGUUGUGUCCUUUAAUACAGCUUCACCGUGGCUGGACAUACAAGUCGUACCUGACCUAAGACAUACUGAUAGGUUGGUCAUUCAGUAUUGUGUUAUGGGGAAAUUUUGAUAAGAAUGAGUCGGUCUGACUUGAAACAUGCUUUGACAGUAUUGUCGAGCACAAUGCAAGUAUUGAAUAGCUUUUAAAAUAUGAUGAAAAGUGUAUGGAGUCUUGCCAGAUGUCCAAGUCACUGCCUAUGUGUGUCUGUGUAGGUGUGCUAUAUGUUUGAUGGUACUCCCUGAAUAGUGUUACGUGGAAUUUUUGCAAGAGGAAACCUUUGGACAAAGGGCCUUCUGUAUGAGUUUGUUGUUGCUUUUUAUAAAGUGAAGACUUACAAGCUUUGAUAGGCUGGCUUUUUUAGUAUUGUAUAUAAAUAUACACAAGAUGUACUAUUGUGAAUUGCAAACCCCCCCUUCCACUAAAUUGAAAGCACAAAUAGCUUACCUUUAUUUCUUGACAUAAAUACCAAAUAUAUUUACAGAACUCAUACCUAUGAAGUUGAACUUGUAAACACUAUUAGGUAUGUUAUUUCUCAUACAUUUCCCUCACUUUGUAAUGCACUUUCAUGUGGUUUUAUACACAUUUUAACUCAAAUUGGGACACACUUUGGAUUUGAGGUGAAGUGUUAGAGGUGUUAUAUUUGAAAUGUAAACCACUACCUAUAGUCAAGAGAAGGCCGUGUUUUUUCUUUUCAAUUUUAAAAAUGACCCUUUUUUUUCAUGAGGAUGUUGUUUGUGUUGAUGGGUUCAGGCGCCCUCUGUGGUCUGAAAACCAUCAUGGCUGUCUGUUACUUAUUGUUUUGCCACUUGAUGAUGAAAAGCUUAUUUUGCAGCUACCACCAUACCCGUCUGCCUGUACUACACAGUCAAAGUUUUCUUGUCUCCUGCUUUUUGAAGGGUUCACUAUCUUCUCUUAGUCAGGAGACCAACUAGCCCUUAUGUAUUUGUAAACUCGGGCUGUGAAGUGUUUGCCAGGGCAGAUUGGUUUGAGGGAAUUUGUCAUGUGAGUUAGCCCCUUUGAAUACUAAAUGGGCACAAUGACAAGUGGAUUUCAAUGUAUAUGACCUCGAUUUCUUUCUCUUUUUUUUUUGCCCUAAAUCUAGAGGUAGCAUGGGGGUGUUUCACAAGGCUGGAUCAAUGAGCAGGCAUGCCUACUUUGUCACCAUAAUUUAGCACUGCAAAAAAUCAACUCCAGCAUCAGUGUUAAUGUUGUUCAUCGAUGGUCAAACUACAAAGAUUUACAACAUGCCAUCUCAUUGCUCCUGUUACUUGAAAAGCCACCCAGUGUCUUUGCACAAACCCUAUUUUAAAUGACAUGACAGUAUUUUUAAAUUUACCACUAAAAAAUAUGGGUUACUCUGCAUGUUUUACUAUAGAUGUAAAUAUGUUUUGGAUUUUUAUAUUGUUUUGUUUCUUUCCAUGCUCUCACAAGCAGUUGUGUUUAAUAAAAUUUUUAAUCUUC